AUGGGCACUGGCGCCCUCAGAGACUCUCCCGGGGACGGCGGCGCCACUAGGGGCCCUCUCAGGAACGGCGGCUCCCCCAGGGGCCCUACCAGGGACGGAGAAGCCCCCAGGAGCUCUACCGGGUACAGCAGCGCCCCCAUGGGCCCUCCACGGAACGGCGGUGACCCAAGGGGUCCUUCCAGGGCCGCUGGUGCCACCAGGGGCGUUGCCAGGGGCGCUGGCGCCACCAGGGGCUAUCCCAAGGACAGCGGCUCUCCCAGAGGCCCUCUCAGGGACGGCAGCUCCCACAGGGGCCCUGCCACGGGUCGUGGCGCCUUCAGGGACCAUACCAGAGGCUCUCCCAGAGACAGCGGCACUCCCAAGGGCCCUUCCAGGGAGUACAGCACCCCAAAGACCCUCCCAAGGACGGCGGCACCCACAGAGGCCCUACCAGGGGUGGCGGCGCCCCCAGGGACUCUCCCGGGGACGUAG